GUCCCGAUACAUACGGGGAAUAUCAAUUCUUGCGCUUUUUAGUUAGAAGAAAACGGAAUCCUCCGAUCUCCUCCCCUCGGCCCAACGAGCAAUAUCGAUCCAGACCCUAGUGCCGCGGUACCUCUUCCACCCCGCCAAGCCAACCUCCAUGGCCACCCGCCGAAACGUCGACGAUGAAGUGCGCCUCGCCACCCGGACGGAACCCCGGAGCCUAGAGGCGUCGGCGGCGCAAGACAUCUUGUUCUUGAAGGAGGCUCUCGACACUGCAACAUUGGGGGAAUCAUCUGUCACUGCCACUUCCUCUUCCUGCCCGCAGGUGGAGACAGUAGCUGCUGAUGAGAGAGGCGUCGGGCUCUCGCCGCCACCACCUGGGCGUUUGUCUCCUAGUCCUGGGACACCGGCCAUCACGUCCCGGAGACCUUAUAAUUGGGCCAAGACAUUUAUCAUCAGAACUGAUCUCCGGGGAUCAGUCCACAUAUACCCUCCUAUUGGUGGGCCAUUCCAGAGCGUACAGCAAGCUGAUGAUGCUAUCAGUCGCCAUCUCGAUGACCUGCGGGAUAAGAACGUGUGCUUAGAUGGGAUGUCCUGGAGCGAGAGAGUUACAAGGCGGGCUCUUUACCGGCCUGAUGGUACAAGGAAGAAGCUUUCAAAGUCGUUAUUAGAACCCGAAAGGCUUAACCAUACACGCCUAUUGGUUCAAGCUCUACUGGACAAAUAUAACGAGGACCACAAUCUUUUGGGGAAUCUCGCAUAUGAACUCAAAGAUAUCGUGUGCAUCCAGUCAGUUUGUGAGGGCAGCCCCCAUAAGUACGACUGGUACUAUCAUCUCAAUUUCACUACAAGGGCUAAAGGAGAUGAUGAAUUUCACAGUGGCACCGAUAAUCUGUUCUUUGCGGAAAUCACACAUAUUGGAGGACCAUAUAAAGAUUUUGCGCUCAGCUGUUUCUACAUGCUUAAAUCUAAUGAUAAUGGUCACUGCCGCGGUUGUACGUAUAACAAAAGGGUUAACUUGAAGCACCCUAAUGAUGCUGAUGAAUACUCUGGUGGUCACUUGGAUCCAUAUUUGCCAUACGGUGGUGACACUAAUAUUCAACAUAGCAGCUCUGAUGAGAAUUUGGACGCCGAGGAGGAAGCUAGGCUGCAAGCUAAGGAGGAGGCUAGGGUAAAGCGUAUAUACGCGUGCCUUGAUGAUCCUACUUUUUUUGGAGAAAAUGAGAAGGCGCUUCAAAGAUGAUCCGCGUGCCGAAGCUUUUUUCCAGCCAAAAAAAAAGUCAUGACCCUCAGCAUGCAACACCAUUAGCGAAUCAGCAGGGUGGAGUGGAAGAUUGAAGCGGCCUACUCCACCUUUUUAUUUGCCUCAAACUAAUUUGGAAGAUAGGAAUUCUGUAGAAAUUCUAAUGGCCAGGGGAGGAGGGAGAAAUACAAUUGGUACCAGCUAGGCUCCAAGGUAUUGUUGUGCAUACUACGCUGUUGUUUAAGAUUGUGCAAACAUGACAACCCACUUGCAAAUAUAUAUUUUGCCAACGGAAAGCUUUUAAACGUUCAAUCUCCCCAAUUCCGUACUCAGGUAGCUUGGCAGGGGAAACUUAUGUGUCCACUGCUGCUAGACUUACGCUCACCAACGCCUGUCUCUCCGCCAUCCCAACAUUUGUGAUGGGUCUCUUUAUCUUAGGGGAAGAAGCGCACAUGAAAUUUGACAAAGUGAGAGCUGCUUUUUCUGG